UGUUUCCUCAGGAGCAGACGAGUGCCUCCUUUCGGCUCGUAUCCCGCUCCCUCCGUCCGUACGCGUGAGGACAAUGACACACCUUGGUACUGUAGGCCGACUGGCCUCUUCAGCACUAAGUGCCACUCGAUCAGGAUUUAAGGGUAGAAUACCUCUCCCAGUAAGUUCAACAGGAAGUUUAACAGGAACAGAUGCAACUAGUGGGUUGUGUUCAAGGUUCCGUGAGCUUGGAAUAUCACCAGAGGAAGCACGUUUAUCAGCAGGAGCGGUGGCAUCUUUAGAGCACCAUGCAGUGCAUCAGCAUACUAUUCAGGAAUACAGAUUGCCAUCUUUAGUGAAGCCAGUUAGCAUCACAGUACCUUCCUUAUAUAAUGGGAUGAUUCAGGAGAAGGAUCUUCCACCAACUCUCAACAUAGUAGAGAAGAUUGAACCCCUGGUAAAGGAGGAAGUUCGAGAAGCACCGUCAACCAAGGUGAUUGAGAAGCAAGCAGCUCGCUUAAUCGUAAUCCGCAGAAGGAUGAUGAACAAACACAAGCUCAAAAAGUUGCGUAAGAGGAUGAAGUUUGAAUGGUUGAAGAUCAUCCAGAAGAGAGAGUAUCGUAAAGAGAAGCUUUUCCAGGCAACACAAAUGGCCAAGAUUCGUGCCGCAGAAGCCUUUGACGCAGCUGCCCACGUGGCCAAUAUACUGCGCAUCACAAAGGAAAAACCUAUCCCCAAAUUUUGGAAAGGGAAGAGGCUGCCAUCAGAUAUUAUAAAGCAGCUGAUGGAAGAGGAAGAGUUGAAGAAACAAAAGAGAGAAUAGAGGAACAUACAUACAGAUAGACUUCCAACCUUAGGCGUUACUUGGAAACAAUAACUGCUGAUUUAUAUAUAUAAAUGUACAUACUGUUCAGAUUAAAGGAUGUAAUAAAACCCAA